ACUCCGUCCCCUACCAAGCGCUCAUUCGACCGCUCAUCUGCGUUUAACUAGUCAGUAAAUAUCUGGUGUGGCGUUUAAGCGAGUGUACGUCAAGUUUCAUACUUACAAAAAAAUUCACUGAUUGCUGUUUGUGAGUGCGGUGCAAGUGUGUUAAACAAAACAGAACCAUGUUUGACGUUUUCGGUUCAGUGAAAGGUCUGCUAAAAAUCGACCAAGUAUGCAUAGACAACAACAUUUUUCGAUUGCACUACAAAGCCACCGUGGUCAUACUUGUGGCUUUCUCUCUUCUAGUUACAAGUAGGCAGUAUAUCGGAGACCCCAUAGACUGUAUAGUUGAUGAAAUACCGUUAAACGUUAUGGACACUUACUGCUGGAUAUAUUCCACGUUCACGAUUCCCGACAGAUUAACGGGUCACGUCGGGAAGGACAUGAUCCAGCCGGGUGUAGCCAGUCACGUCGACGGCAAAGACACCGUCAAAUACCACAAGUACUACCAGUGGGUGUGCUUCGUGCUAUUCUUCCAGGCGAUGCUCUUCUACGUCCCGAGGUACCUGUGGAAGACCUGGGAAGGCGGCCGCAUCAAGAUGCUGGUACUCGACCUCAACUGCCCGAUCGUCUCCGAAGACUGCAAGAAAGACCGAAAGCAACUUCUAAUCGACUACUUCACCUCGAACCUGCACAUGCAGAACUUCUACGCUUUUAGAUUUUUCAUAUGCGAAGUGCUGAAUUUCGUCAACGUGAUCGGCCAGAUCUUCUUCAUGGACUUCUUCUUGGACGGCGAGUUCAGCACGUACGGCAGCGACGUGCUCAAGUUCACCGAAAUGGAGCCCGAGCAUCGGGUGGACCCGAUGGCGAAGGUCUUUCCGAAAGUCACCAAGUGCACUUUCAACAAAUACGGUCCGUCUGGUUCGGUGCAAAGAUUCGACGGGCUCUGCGUGCUGCCGCUCAACAUCGUCAACGAGAAGAUCUACGUGUUCCUGUGGUUCUGGUUCAUCAUCCUGACGGUGCUGACGGGCAUCUCUUUGCUCUACAGAUGCGCUGUUAUCGUGGGACCGAAGAUCAGGCUGUACCUUCUCCGGGCCAAAUGCAGGAUCGCUCCAUCGGAUCACAUCGAGACCAUCUCCAAUAAAUGCGAAAUCGGGGACUGGUUCGUUCUCUACCAGCUAGGUAAAAAUAUCGAUCCGCUCAUUUUCAAAGAAGUGAUAUCUGAUCUCGCCAAAAAAUUGGAAGGUAAAGAAGUCGUUUAAAAAGGGCUCGUCGUCCUUUCGCACGUGAUUCGUUUAAUUUCAAAAUUUUAUUAUUUACAUUGGGGCAUUUAUCUCGCUUUUAAUUGACUGAAAAAAAUGCCAAAAAAAGGUAAUUAUUGAUGUCCUUGCAUCGAUUCUUCACUUCCUACUUCCUGAUACUCGGUGUGGGCCAUAAAAUUAAAUAUAUUUAUUUAUUUAUCCGAACAAUUUUACAUCUAACAGCGAUUGCGACACAAAAAAAGAGAUGUAAUUGUAACUCAAUACAAAACAUGAUAUGAAACAGGUGUGCAGCUUGAGUAAAUAAUUCAUUCCUACAAUGAAAUAAACAGUUUACUCGUUUUUGAGUAUUGAGUACAAAAUUCAUAUUAAAAUUGGUAUCUGUAUCAUUAAUCUAUUAAAUUAAUGAACUAAUUUGUUUGAUAACGUUUGAAAUUAAAAAAUUUACGAUAAAUUUCAACUAUCUGAGAUGCUUUUAAAUAUCAGUAUUUAAGAUUCAUCUCAAUCAUGUACUUACCUACAUAUUGAAUAACUUGCAAUCGUAAUAGUUAAUUGACCUUGUAAGAAAUUGUAGGUAAUUACAAAAAGUUGUCUUAUUAGGAACAUUUUCAUGAAUGAAAUUUAUCGUUUAAGAAUAAUACCCAAUUUUAUAAUUUAUGCCAAGGUUUCUACGCCGACUACUGGAACAUGUGAUGCUUAUAGAAGAUUAUUAAAUUUACCUAAUAGUUGUAAAUUACUUUUUGAUUUAAGCCUUUUACAAAAUACAUACGUUGCGACUGGCUCGAAUUUAUUUUUAAAAUUUCAAAUAUUUUGGCAUUUAAUCGUUCGCAGAUAAGAAAAUAUUCAAAUCGAAUGCAGUCCGGUACUAAGUAAAUAAAGAUGUUUUGAAUGAUUACGAUUGUGAGGUUUCACUCGUCACGUGCGAAGGACUUGAGUUUUGUGCCUUCCGAACAAGUAACUUGUAAAGAAUCUAGAGUAACUCUGGAAUUUAUAAGAAGUCGCUUUUUGAUCGAACAUUCUGAGUAUACCUAGGAGUGCAGCGUCAAAUUCCGAGUUUUAUGAUAAAAGAGAGUUCUGUGAUGACAGAAAAAGACUGUACAAUCCGGCUGCGUCCUUUCAGGUGUAGCUGUGAUAUUUAAUUAUUAAAAAAAUAAUAAAACUUUUGAUUUAUAAUGACACUAGCUCAAACUAAACCAUUCCAAAUUGUUUACUAUUCCUUUUUUUUUGUAAAAAUCAACUGCCAAUUUUGUAUUUAUAUAAAUAGUUUUUAAUAAACAGUUAUGAGUACGAUUUCGCAGCUAAAUGGUGUCAACAAGGGUCAAAAAUUUGAUACUCCUGUGAUAAGUGCAUUGUGUGUAUGUAUUCUCACGAAAUUUGUGGAUUUUUUAACUUCUUCCUUUUCAAUGUAAUCGAGAUGAACGCUAUUUAUGGAUUAUUGUACAAUUAAAUUCUCUUGUGUUUUUUAAAUUAUCUGAAUACUUCUCAAUAAUAAAGCUUCUUUUAGCUGUUAUUGAAACGAAUUAAAGUAUUUUCUGGUAUAUGUGUAUAUAGUUAAAUUUAAUUUUAGAGUUUUUUUGAAAUUAUAUUAUUUUGCUAAACAAAUUGUAUAAUUUAAAAGCCACAAUACGAGAGUUUUUGUUAGCGUAAUUAACUGUUAAGCAUUUCUCUAGCAAUUUAAAUGUUUAAUUUAAUAUGUAUAGAUUUGCUAUAAUUAAAAAAAAGUUUUUAAUGCAGUAUUGUAUUUUUUAUUUUUUAAAGUGAUGCAAACGUUCUGAAUAAUACAUGUCCUACGAAGUACUUCGAACGUUUCCAUCAUUUUGCCUUUUUUUUUCGACAAUAUUGAUAUUGUGUAAAAGACUGAUGGAAAGGUCAAUUAUUUGUUUUUAAUUUUGCCUAAACAGCUUGCGAAAUCAUAUUCUCUGUGAUAGGUAAAAAAGGUUACAGAGGGUCUCUGAAAUUAAGUCAUAACAAUAUUUACAAAUCCUAGUUAACUUGUUCGCUAAUAUGUGAACAAUACCCAUACAUCAAUACACUAUAACUUAAUUACUCUGCACACAUCGAGUUAUUUUAUUGUGCAAUUAGGUGGAAAAGUGCAUGAGAAUAAAUAUCCGAAAUUUGUUAAACGAGCAUUUGCGAUAAUAAUUGCAAAUUAACAGAUUUAGGAUUUCAAUUUUUUAAUGUGAUACGAGACCUUAUUUUCAAUAGAAACCCGUCCUGUAUAUACAUAAAGUAGUACUGUAAAAAUAAUACACUUGAACAAGGGAAAUUUAUAUAACCGUAAUAACUGUAGGUAGGUAUAGAAAUUUAAAAGUGUAAGUAUAGGGAUUCAAAUUACGGCUACGUAUGAGGAAACAUUUAUGCUAUUAUUACAAUUGACUUCAGCAGUGCACUUGUUGAGUUACAAAUUGUUUCUACGCAGAUCCGGUUUAAGAUUGUAUUUUUAUAUUCUACGCGUUUACAUUUUGCAAAUUUUAUUUCGAUGUUUCUCUUCUUGCCACACACUAUAGAAACCUUCGUGGGAAUAAUAAAUGCAAUAGGUAAUUUGCGGGAGAGUCCCGUUAAAGUCCUUAUCAACGUAUUAUAAACUUUAUUAUUUGUUAGGUGCUUAGGUGAAAAUGAACUAUUAAUCAAGCUGCGCCAUUAAACUUGUAAAUAUUAGAAUUUUUCUUAUGACUUUCUUGAGACACCCUAUAUUUGUGGAGAGCUCCUAUUACUCUAACGAUGGAAAUAUGGAUAUGUGAUGCUUAUAGUGCUAGCAAAAAACUCUGUGAUCAAUCGACAUUGAUCGUUUAACAUCAAUAGUAAAAAUAGGCUAUCAAAAGAUAAAUACAAUGAAAUCACUUCAUUGCAUUCUGCUUGUAUUUACGAUAGAUUGGAUUGCUAGUACUAUUUAGAUAAUAGUUUUACAUUUUAAGGCCAACCCCAUUAGAUUCCAAGUGAAAAAUUGUCGGGAAGCAAAAGAGUUUUACUAUUAUAUUUAUAUUUGUAUUUUGUAUAAAAGUAUGUGUUCAAACUUAUGAUUAAUACUAAUCUAUAUGUAUUGUAUUUAUACAUAUUCUUUAAUACGGAACCAAAAGUGCCUUUUUUUCAUGUUUGUAAGAAUUAUUUGAAAGUGAAUAAAUUUAAGUUAAUUUUAA